CUCCCACAAGCUCCAGAAGUUAAGUAUGGGUACGUGGUAGGGAACCGACUGUUGCCCCUCGCGCGCAGAGACUAUAGUACAGUUAUAUAUAUAAAUAAAUAUAUUAUAUCCACAUAACUAACACGAUGCUGCCCCGCCGGCCGGACUGCGGGGGGACGCGGACCGGAAGCGGCUCGGUGGUCAACUUCAGGACGACGGGCACCGACCCGGGCUCCGCGCGCCGCGGCUCCGCGGUGCUGCCGUCGGUGCUCACGUUCCUGGUGAUCGUGGCGUCCGGAGGCCUGCUGCUCAUGAUCGAGAAGGGCAUGCUGAGCGGCGUGGAGACGCCGGCUCCCCGGGGCGACGGACAGCGGCCCUCCUCCGCGCGGCGGCCCGGGGAGAGGCAGCCCGGCCCGGCCGCGGAGGACGUGGACUCGCAGAUCCUCCAGGAGAUCCGCAACCGGACCAUCCGGACCGUGUGCAGCCAGAAGAACAUGCCGCACAGCGUGUGGUCCCUCAGCCCGCUGCAGAGGAAGACGCUGCUGCAGCACGUGCUGGUGAGCGACCGCUACCGCUUCCUCUACUGCUACGUGCCCAAGGUGGCGUGCUCCAACUGGAAGCGGGUGCUGAAGGUCCUGAACGGCGCCCUGGACAACGUGGACGUCAGCGUGAAGAUGGACCACCGCAGCGACCUGCAGUUCCUCUCCUCCAUGAAGCCCGAGGAGAUCCGCCACCGCCUCAAGCACUACUUCAAGUUCAUGUUCGUGCGCGAGCCCAUGGAGCGCCUGCUCUCCGCCUACCGGAACAAGUUCGGCGAGAUCGAAUCCUACCAGAAGAAAUACGGCGUGGAGAUCGUGACGCGCUACAGGAAAAGCCGCGGCAAGGACGCCGCCGGCGCCGCCGCGAAGGGCGACGACGUGACCUUCGCCGAGUUCGUCCGCUACCUGCUGGACGAGGACGCCGAGCGCAUGAACGAGCACUGGAUGCCGGUGUACAACCUGUGCCAGCCGUGCGCCGUGACCUACGACUUCAUCGGCUCGUACGAGCGGCUGGAGGGCGACUCGGACCUGGUGCUGCGGCGCGUCGGGGCGCCGGACGCCGUCCGCUUCCCCGAGCGCCAGACGUGGUACAAGCCGGUGACGGCGGCCACGCUGCACUACUACCUGUGCGGCCUGCCGCAGAAGCUGCUGCGGGAGCUGCUGCCCAAGUACAUCCUGGACUUCUCGCUGUUCGCCUACGCGCUGCCCAACACCACCGCGCAGCACUGCCGCCAUUGAAACGCCAUGGGGUGUUUUUAUUAUAAAAGAAUCAUAAAAUAUUUUGUAUUCUCAGCUUUUAGUUUUUUUAUAACUUUUCUACAAAACCACUAAAGCUUGAAUGAGCUGGAGUCCAGAUUCCCCCGUGUGCACUGUUCCAGUAAACUCUACACAUCAUAAUUUAUAGCAGUAUUUUACUUGUUUCUUCUUCUUAUGUGUUUUAAAAAAAAUCAAGCUUGU